UUCAUCUGCAGUCUGUCCUCUAAACAGCACAUUACUCCCAGAGCUAAGCUUUCAGGAAGUGCUGAGUGGUAAGGCCGGGCUGACACAGAAGUAGACAAGGACUGAGCGGAGGACUUAGCUGAAGGCCGGCGGGCUGCUCUGGUGUUAUGCGUGGAUUAUACUGACAAACAGUGUGUGAAACCAUGCUUUGCCACUGCAUAGUGUCAUGUCUGGGGGCCUUUAGGCGAAGAAGCUAUCAUCUUCAGGAGAAAUUGUUGCUUUCUUUUUGGACAGUCAAUGAACCCCAUAGGUUUCAGCAAUAUAUGUGUAAUUCUGUUCUUACUAAAGACACCUACAGGUCUGAUCAAACUGUGUUCCUUCUAUUAAAGCCACAUGCGUUAUUUAAGACUUCUUGGAGGAGCCAGAGUGAGAUAGUAACAGAUCCAGUUCAGCUGCAUCGUCAACGCCUGUCAGCUUGGUUUAGUUGUCUGCCUACUGAAGAAAGGCAUUUUGGUCCUUCCUUUGCUAUAGACUCUAUUCACAUUGAUCCUGUUAUCCAUGAGAGUUCCCCUGAAGAUAUUCUGCGCCCACUAUCUGAGCUAACUUUAAAAGCUCAACUGCAGAGUCCAUUAUGUCCUCAGAGUAUGUCUGUUUCUCAGCUGUUCCAACCACGCUUAACUGGAAAACCCAUUCGAAAUGUCGUUCUUUAUGGCACAGUUGGUACUGGAAAGAGCACACUUAUCCGAAAAUUAGUACUAGAUUGGUGCCAUGGACGUAAGAGUGAGUUUCAGUUGAUCAUUCCUCUUUCUUGUGAAGAUCUGUCCCAAGUUACAAGUCCAAUUUCACUUACACGGCUCAUUAACAAAAAGUACCUUCAUUUGCGAGAACUGUUACCUAUGCUUCACAAUUAUUCUGGUGUGCUCUUCAUACUUAACAGCUUAGAGUGGAUGAAUCUAGAUUUCAGAAUGGCCAAUACCGAAUUAUGUAGUGAUCCAAAUGAACCAAUGCCUCCAGCAGCUAUCCUUGUAAACCUUUUGAGAGGAUACUUGCUUCCAGAGGCAAAUGUGUUGGUGACCACUCGUCCAUCUGCUUUAACACGAAUCCCGGGGAAGUAUGUAGGUCGGUAUGCUGAGAUCUGUGGCUUUUCGGACAUGGAACUACAAAAGAUGUACUUCCAAUUACGUUUGGGCCAUAAAGAUGCAGAUCCACGUGAAACUGAGAACUUGGCAGAAAUGUUAAGCCGCAAUCUAGAACACCACAGCCAAUUGUCUGCUGCUUGUUUCCUGCCUUCUUAUUGUUGGCUGACUUGCGCUACAUUACACUUACUAUACUAUACAAAGCCUGAUGACCCUCCCAUGACACUAACUGGCAUUUACACCACCUUUUUACGUUUAAAUUUUGCUGGUGAACUAUUAGAUAUAACACAUCCUUCUAAAAUUUCUUUGAUGCUGUAUGUAGCGCGCACCGUAGGCAAACUGGCAUAUGAAGGCUGUAAUUCUCGACGUACCAAAUUUACUGAAGAUGAUAUCAUAAAGUGCUUUCAUGUGCAAAUGAACAGUGAAGAGGAACUUAACCUUCUUACUGUCUUCCGAUCUGACGCCUUUCGUUUUUUUCUCACUCCCUGUGUUCAUCCAGGUCAGGAGAAACUCUUUGUCUUCACUAUACCUGCUAUGCAGGAAUAUUUAGCUGCAUUAUAUGUAGUGUUGGGAGAAAAUAAGACUGUUUUGCAACGGUUGGGAAAAGAGCUUUCAGAGGUCAUCAGCAAAGCUGGAGAAGAUGUGGUUGCUGUAGUCAAUGUGUUGUCUAAAUUCCUUCCUUUGCGCAUCUUUACACUUUUUAAUCUCUUACGUGUUGUCCCACGUCUUUAUGGGAGAGUGAGUGGACAGAGUCGUGAAAACAUAGCACAAACAAUGACUGCAGAAAUGUUUAGAGAGGAGGAUUCUUAUAAUGAUGAUGUUUUAGACCAAAUAAACUCCAGCAUCCUGGGUGUGGAGGGUCCUUUACAGCUAGCAGAAGAGGACAAUUAUGGCAGACAAGAAGCAUUUGAAUUAUUUCCCAUUUUUAUGGCAGGGCUCCUCUCUCGUCAAAAUCGAGCUUUGCUUGACCAGUUAGGGUGCACUAUUAUGAACAUGGAUGCUCUAAAAAUCACCCGUGCUCUAAAGAAACAUCUACUGCGGUGUAGUCUUCGCAGAUUGCCACCAUCUGAGCUAAUGGACUUUCUCUUCUUCCUGUAUGAGUUUCAGAAUCAAGCUUUCACAGCAGGACUUGUAAAUUCACUUCGAGAUCUGGAUCUUUCUACUGUUCGCAUGACACCACUUAAAUGUAACAUUGUCGCUGCUGUAAUUGGAGAUGCAGGAAAAUUACUGACAGAAGCUAACCUAAGCUCCUGUCACCUAGAUCCUGAUGCCCUUCAUACAUUGUCACCAGUACUCAGAAGAUGCCAGAAUGUGAAUUUACAUAUGAACUCACUAGGUCCUGACUCCUGCAGAGAAGUAAAAAACAUCCUAUUACAUCCAGACUGUGCAAUCAGCAGCUUGAGAUUAUGUAAUAAUCCUUUGGCACCAGAGGGAGCAGGUUUAAUUGUAGAGGGACUUGCUGGUAACACUUCAUUAAAGUACCUGUCUCUCCUACGCACGGAUCUUGGAGAUGAAGGAGCUGAACUCUUGGCAGAUAAUCUUGGAAAAAAUAAGCAUCUCCAAGAAUUAAAUCUGGCUUACAAUGGGAUCCAUGACAAAGCAGCACUCCGACUUGGGGAAGAGGCUUCACAUCACCCAACACUUAGUAGAGUUCAUUUGUAUUUCAAUGAACUUUCAGACAGUGGUCUUCGUGCCCUACAGUCUCUGGGUGAUGUCAGAGUUAUUGUAUCUCUUUCAGAAGGAACAGAUGCAUCACGUCAUUGGUCUUUGAUUUUACGAGAGCUACAGGCUAAUGCUGGUGGCUGGGAUCAUGCACGAAUGAUCUCACACCUUACUUUGCUCUUGCGAGAUCUACAAAGUAGUCGGGCAGUGACUAAUAAUGUGUGGCGUAAAAUGCGUAUCCUACGUGUAGAAACUGAGGUCAAACUUAUGCUGAGCCGUUUUCAGCAAGGAAAAGUAUGAGUUUCUUUGGAACUUAACCAAGCAGAAUUCAAUUAUUUUCCAAUUUGUUUUUCUAAAGGAAAAUUAAUCGCUCUUCAGCUAACUAUUAACUAUAUGUAAAGGUGUGUUUUACUUGUAUGCUGAAUGUAUAGGUUUCCUGUGCACUGUAUUGAUUUGCUGCAUUGUACAAAAAUAAUAAAUGUCUUCUUUAUUAUUGUACUUUCAUCCCUUUUCUCAGUGUUUUGAGGGUUUGCAACAUGUAGACCUUUUGGAUUUUAGCUAUGGUUAUCACAAUUUGUUCCAUUCUAUUUUUUACCACAAUUUGUCACAUGUACAAUUUUUUUAAUUUACUUUUAUUAUAUAAAAUGUUACCAUAUAUAAUGUGUGGCAAUAAGAUAAGCAAGAUAUUAAAAUAAAUGUUAAUCAGGCAUUACAAGCUUAUGUUAGUUGACUACAUAACAGUAGAACAAAAAAUCGGUAA